GUUGAAUAUGAAGUAGUUUGUGUUAUAUUUUAAAACGAGGGGAAGGAAACUGCGUGACGUAUUAGGUAAAAUAUUAAUUAAGUGCAUUCUGAGCAAGCCAAUAAUAGUCAUUUUUAUCAGGGUUAUGAACAGUUUUGCUUUUUUCGGACUGACGAAAUUGCCGCCUGCUGCAUUGAUAGCGGGUUUAACUGAUGGCUGAAAGCUGCGUAAGCAGGGAUAUCGGCUUGAAAGCGGCGCGGCUGCCGUACUGUGUGCGGCGCCAUCUUGCCGUACGGCGGUGGCCCAGCGGAGCAUCAUGGGGGCCCUGCCCGCAGCGUGUUUAGUUAGGGUAGCCUGUUAAAAUGCCGAACACCGUUUACUUCUUUUUCCAAGAUGGCGUCGAUGAGGGACAGCGACACCGGCCUCUGGCUGCACAACAAGCUGGGAUCCACGGACGAGCUGUGGGCGCCCUCCAGCAUUGCCUCGCUGCUGACCGUGUCCGUGAUCGACAACAUACGCCUGUGUUUUUCUAGUUUGUCCCCCCCGGUGAAGCUCAAGCUGCUGCUUGGGAUGCUGCAUCUCCCGCGGCGCACCGUGGACGAGAUGAAGGAGGCUCUGAAUGAGAUCAUCCAGCUGGCCACGCUGGACUCGGAACCGUGGGUCCUGAUGGUGGCCGACAUCCUUAAGUCUUUCCCUGAGACGGGCUCCCUUAACCUGGACCUGGAGGAGCAGAACCCCAAUGUGCAGGACAUCCUGGGGGAGCUGAGAGAGAAAGUUAAUGAGUGCGAGGCUUCGGCCUUGCUGCCCCUCGAGUGUCAGUACCUGAACAAGAACGCCCUGACCACCCUGGUGGGGCCGCUCACGCCUCCCAUCAAGCACUUCCAGCUGAAGAGGAAGCCCAAGAGCGCUACCCUGAGGGCAGAGCUGCUGCAGAAAUCCACGGAAACAGCACAGCAGCUGAAGAAGACAGCCGGAGUGCCUUUCCAUGCCAAGGGGAGGGGCCUGGUGAAGAAGAUCGACACCACAACUCCCCUCAAGGGCAUCCCGAAAGCCCCCUUCCGGAGCCCCACUGCCCCCAGCAUGUUCAGCCCCCCCAGCAACAGGACGCCCAUCGCCCCCGUGCGGACACCUUUGCGCAAGGAGCGCGGGGUCAAGUUAUUGGAUAUCUCCGAGCUGGACAUGGUGGGCGCCGGAAGAGAAGCCAAGAGGCGGAGAAAGACGCUGGAUACUGAAGCGAGCGAGAAGGUUGCCAAAGAAGAAGCGGUGGUGGAGAACACCACGCCCGACUAUGCCGCCGGCCUGGUGUCCGCGCAGAAACUGGGCUCCCUGAACAACGAGAGCACGCUGCCGUCGACCAGCUACCUGCCUGCCACGCCCAGCAUGGUUCCGUCCUCGUCUUACAUUCCCAGCUCCGAGACGCAGCCGGGUGAGUCUUCGCCCCCACUGUGGCCCACAUGGUGUGUCACGCCGGCCAAUCCCGUGCCGCCGCCCGCCUCUACGGCCACGCCCCAGGAGCAGCCUGCCCAACCCCCGCCCGCCCAGGCCGCCUCCACCCCUGCCCCCCCGCCACAGCAACCCAAGAAGAACCUCUCCCUCACGAGAGAACAGAUGUACGCCGCACAGGAGAUGUUCAAGACCGCGAACAAAGUCACGCGGCCGGAGAAGGCGCUCAUCCUGGGCUUCAUGGCGGGGUCCCGAGAGAACCCGUGUCCGGAGCAGGGCGACAUCAUCCAGAUCAAGCUGAGCGAGCACACAGAGGUGCUGCCCAAGGCCGACGGCACCGGCAGCACCACCAUGCUGGUGGACACCGUCUUCGAGAUGAACUAUUCCACGGGCCAGUGGACCCGCCUGAAGAAGUACAAGCCCAUCACCAACGUCUCGUGAAGGGGGCGGGGGGAGCGGGGCUGGGCGGGGCUUCUCGUGCCCCUCCCAUUAAAAAAACCGGUGGGGGGAGAACAGGAAGUGGGCCAGAUCCGGCUUGUAAAGAUGGGGGGAUGGGGUGGGGUUUGGAUUUGGGGUACAGGAUGGAGAUGGGGGCAAAGAGUGGUGACAUCCCGUGCGGGUGGAGGUUCGGGUGGAGAUCCGCUGAAGCUGACGGAGCCCCCUCCCCCCUUUGCUCUGCCCGCCGUUGCCCCUGGUCAGGGACCUAUCAGAACUCUCUAUUUUUUUGGUUUAGUUUUUAAAGUCCGUUCAGAUUCCGCAGAUGGCGCCGGGUCUCGGCGUGAGGAUGUGAGCAGUUUGUGCAGAUUCCCGCCCAUUAGAAACACAGACGCAGCAUAUGACACGAUCCUCCUCUUCUUUUUUUUUUUUUUUUUUUUUUGUUGUCAAGUUGUUUUUGAAGCAUUUUGGUGGAUGUUUGUAUUUUCAACCUUAAGAAGGGAAGAAAUAAACCACAAACUGUCUUGGUGUCACUGUCCGACUGUUAUGCUUCUUCUCUACUUCCUGUUUUAGUUUUCGGCUCACAAAGCCCCUCUGCUCACACUGGCAGUGUCCGCCUAGACGUGAGACAGCCGGACGGAGGGAGAGGGUGGGCUAAGUUUGACCCGCUUGCCUCUUUAAAUGUCCUGCCGGAACCCGCCGGAACCCUGUGGUCUCUGCUGGCAGAUGUGGCCAGAUUCCACAGAACACAGACGUAAGAGGGCUACAGACUACCGAUGUAAGAGGGCAGUUAUUGGUGAUCUAAACUCUAACUCAUCUGAAUGGGACUAGUAAUGGGUCGCUUAUUUUCUUACUGGUUAGUCCAGUUAUUUUCUAUAAUUAGUAGCAAUGGUGAGAUCAUUCAGCCCAACACUGAUACACUGUGGCUUUGU